AUGUUCAAAUCGCUUCUUUCACCGGCGGUGACGUUGCCCCGGUUGGUUCGCGUAAUAUCCACUAGGCCGACGGCAAGUGAAAGUUUGAAUGCACUCGACACCAUAUUUGAUCGCCAACAAUCCUCGUCUCUGAUAGAUGAGUUUGCAAUAGUUGAAAAGCUCAAGUCUAUAAUACCGAGUUCUCCUGAACAGGAUCCAUUAUAUUUGAGACUGAGGAGACCUAAACCAAUCAAAAUCUUUCCACAACCGCCCCCUCCGCAGCUGAAUAGCUAUUCGCUCAAUGUAUACGCCCAUGAACUAUCUUCAGGUAAUUACCAAUAUUCUCAUAAAGCCGAAAAAUAUGUUGAGGAUACACUCCAGGAUAUAAUACAAGUACAGUCGCUCACCCUGGAAUCUUACAACUCUAUUUUAGAGUAUUAUGUCAGGAAAACUUUAUAUCAUCGGUCCAUGAGUGUCAAGGAGCAAAUGGAUGUUCAUGGAGUGCUGCCAGACAUCAGCACGUAUAAUCUGCUACUUUAUCUCAACCUCAAAUCAUACAAAUCUACCACCUCUGAAAUUAUCAACCUCUUCAAUGAGAUGACCGAUGCGAAUCUAACACCGAAUUUGUCAACGUUGUACAUCACAUACACGAAUUUGAAAAAUGAACAUCAAAAAUUACUCGACAUUAUGCUUCAGAAACAAAUUAAGCUGAGUGACAUUAAUACUGCAAUUGUCUCUAAAUUACAUGAAUCUAACACACCAAUUGGCGAUAUCAUCACAUUUCUCCAAGAACAUAAUAUAUACGAUGGAGUUCCUGUUCAUAAUCGCAUUAUAGAAAUAAUGUUGGAACAAGAUUCAGAGGCAGCUUGGAAGCACAUGAACUCGCAACGCGAAAUUGGUCAAUACGUGCCAAACACAAGAACUGCAAAGCUCUUUGUCUCCCAUGCUUGCGAAAUGAAACAGCCAUAUAUCGCAAUAUCGUAUGCAAAGUUCUUUAUCGAUAAGCUGAAGCUAAUGAACAAAGAGGCAAUUUACAACCUAUUGUUGGACUAUCAUCUAGCCACCAUUCAAAACCCUAAGAACUGGUUGCUCUUGGCAAAGUUCUAUUAUUUUAAAUCUAAUACCCUGGUUCCUUCGAAACUGAAGAUGGAUGUUCUCAACAAGGCUAGAUUGAUUGAUCCAAACUUCAAGUUCAAAAUACCACCAGACCAGGAGGAUAUUGAAGCUUUCCAGGAAAUUGAUCAAAAUCUCGCUUGGAAGAAUGGUCCUGUCCUCAAACUGUCAGAGAACUCACCCGAAUACCGUCUUUUGGUGGAGCGUUACUUUGAUUGA